AUGAACAAUCAAAGUAUGAUAUCUUUGAAUGUAGGAGGACUGAAAUUCAUAACAUGGUCUUCUACACUGCAGAAAUUCCCUGAGUCUAGGCUGGCAAGAAUGCUAAAUGGCAAUGACCCGGAAUUCAGGUUGGUGAAUGGCGUUAUUUUUGUCGAUCGUGAUGGAGUUCUGUUCAGCUACAUUCUAGACAUCUUACGAACCCUCCAGAUUUCCUUGCCCACUGACUUCUCAGACUACCAGAGGCUGCAAAGGGAGGCUGUUUUCUAUGAGCUCUAUCCUGUGGCCGAUCUCCUAAGUCAAGAACAUUUGCUGAAAUCAAAACCAGAGAUCUUGGAAAUACGGUUCUUGCUCCAAGAAACCCAGGCUUUUUUCCGGGUUUUUGGUUCUUUCAGCCUCACCAUCAGUGAACUCGCUGGAAGGAUCACUGUCUUUGAAGAGAAACUUACAGGGACAAGCUGGAAAAACCAUGAGGUACCUUCUCAGAAGUUUCUGACACCCCUUUUUCUAGAGAAGCCUUCCCAUCAUGAUCUUGUUUUCCAGUGCGGCACUGACUACAAUGAUCAAUUUGUUGCAAGGUAUGUUUCUAUAAAACCUGAUCAAAGGAAACUGUUUAGUGGUGCUAAUGUUCUAGGCCUGUUGAUAGACAUCUUACUGAGAGAAGGGUUUCAUUUAAUAAGCACCAGAACCGUCUCAGCCGAAGAAAAAAUUGAAUGUUAUUGUUUUGAAAGAACAAGGUCUCAAGAACCUCUGGUGAUCAAUACAGGACAAACACAGGGAGACACUACUGAACCACAAAGAAAGGCAACCCAAAUGCACAAAAGGAAAUAACGUCUAUGUGCUGGUACGGCUGUACCAGGAGCUCCAACUUAUUUUCCUUUCUAUUGAGUGUUUGCAUGUAUUCCAAAGUUCCAUGCAUUUUGCAAUAAGGUGGCUUCCCUUGGUUUGCAAUCAUAGGGCCAAUGACCCAUCAAUAAUCAUUAUGUUCUUUAGUUUCGCCCCUUUUUCUGGGUUAAGGAGGGAAAAAGGGGACCUCUAGUUCAGUUCACACAGAGAAGCCUUUCGUACAGGAUGUGAAUCAGUUCCACCUGUAGAAAGCUUCGUCUUUUACAGCUUUGCUGGGGGGAUCCAGUCCCACAGCUCUACAGAGAACUACAGCAUAGCCUUUGUUGGGGAAUUUAGUUCCACAGCUCUACAGUCAGUCUUCGUUGAGAAUUGAAAGCCUUCUUUCCUCUUGGAAAUCUAUGAAAGGACUCUGUUUGGUAAGGACCACUCGCAGCAGCCAUAACGCAAUUUGGACCAGGUGUAGGGGCCCACACCAGCAGAGCUUAAGUCGGAUUGCCCA